AUGGCAAAAGUAAUACCCCUGUAUAAAAAAGGUGAUCAGCAAUGUAUGGAUAACAAUAGGUAUGUGUCAGUACUGUCAGAGUUUUUGGAAAUUAUUGAAAAAGUGUUUCUUUCACAACUACCUACAGUUUUCAACAAGAAUAAAAUUAUUUCUGGGUCUCAACAUGGCUUCAGACCACAGCAGUCAAUUGGAACAGCCACUUCCAACCUGAUAAACCAUGUCUUAAAUGUAGUGGACAACAACAGAAAGAUCUCAGGUUUAUUCUUGGACCUAAUGAAAGUUUUUGAUGUGACUGAUCAUUCUGUGCUCCUGGGAGACCCUGAACGGUACGGUGUAAUAGGUGUUCCAAAUAAGUGUAUUAAAUCAUACUUGAAAUAUCAAUCUCAAGGCUCUAUUCUAGGUCAAUUUCUCUUUUUGGUAUACAUUAAUGAUUGCCUAUCACACAUUAGGGAUUCAGAACCAGUCAAAAUAAAAAAAUGCAGCACAACCAGUAACAAGUAUAGAUAA